AUGAAGUACCUGGCUGCUAAGGGCAAACUGAAGCCUCCCAAUCCCAAGCCCUAUCUACGAGAGAACCAGGUCCAUCAGGCACAGAGUCCUGCCCAACCCAGACUCAAGCCAGGUCCUAGAUUCCAGACACAACCCCAGACUACAGGGGGGGUCCUGCCCCAGGAAAGGAGAAGGCCGGCAGCACAAGAGGAGAGGAUGAGGAAGCUGGAGGAGUGGCGUCAGGCUCGGGGCAGGUCCUAUCUGCCCCCCCCCCCCCAGAAGCAGCCCCCCACCAAUCCUUUUUCUCACUGGCGCUCCUUCUGGACAGCCAUCGAGGAGGAGGAUGACAUCAACAGCCUGGUCACCAGCAUGGAGAGCGCGCUGACAGACUGCCUGAGACUGGAGCAGGAGGCCUGCCCAGCGGAGGAGGUGUCUGCAGUCCUGGAUCGCCUGCCGCUGGCCGAGCGCUUCGCCAAGUUCUGGAUCUGCAAGGCGUGGCUGAUGGAACGGCAGGGGAACUGGGAGAUGAUGCCACUGUUCAAGGAGGCAGUGGAAGAGUUCCAGACUGUACUCUCCGAGAUCCUGAAGAGGAAGAAGAAGCAAGAGGAGGAGGAGGAGGAGUCCAAACCUGCAGUGCGCUUCCACCCCGUCCUGGAGGAGGUGGAACCCCAGAGCCGUGAGGAGGGGUCGGAGGUCAGGGAAGGGGUCCCUGCUGACCCCAUGACCCCCAAGGUCGUAAGCGCCAGGUUUCGGACAGAGAAAGACGGCUCUUCUGUGGUGAAGUACCGGAUCACUGCCACACCAGGCAGUAAGGAUGCGUGCCGGUCAGAGCCCCUCGUCCUGGACGGUCAGAAGCUGCGUUUCUUCACCCCGGUGUGCCGCUUGGUCCGAAUCGAGCGCGCCUCCUGUCGCCUGUCCCCCGUGCUGCAGGACCACGACCCCUGCGUGACCUCCUUCCAGCUGCUACUGGAGCUGGAGGCUGGAGGUGGGGGGGGGGGGGCCGUGUUCGUGUACCGAGAAAACACCGCGCUGCAGGGGAAGGUACACAUCCAGUACAUUGAGGAAGAGGGGGAGGACGACGGGGAGGGCUCCCCACACACCAGCCACUCUCCCCCCUCCCGAGCCAGCUCCAGUGAACUCUACACCAUGGACUGA